UGAGGAACGGUGACGCUACAGAAACGCUACAUUCGCCUUGAAGAGUCACUUCUACAAGCCUGCAGUCGUCCAACAAGAUGACAACUUUGACCAUCUCAUCAGAGGCCUGGCCACGCAGAGUAGCCAAAAGAUGGACCUCAAAUACUCAACUGCUAUGACGCAAUACCUAUUCAGUGACAGCAUGGCCUUUGGCAUGGAUGCCCUGAGCCUGGCUAUCCAGAGAGGUCGGGAUCACGGUCUUCCUGGCUACAAUCAGUAUCGCAAAUUCUGUGGUCUUCCCGAGGCGCACUCAUUCACCGACCUGGAGGAGAAUAUUCCUAAAUCGAUCGUGCAGAAGCUGAAGUCGUUGUACAAGAGUGUGGACGACAUCGACCUCCUCGUCGGCGGGAUAGCCGAGAAACCGGCCGACGAGAGUCUGGUCGGACCCACGUUCCGUUGCGUCAUGGGCGAGCAGUUCAUCCGAACCAGGAUUGGCGACCGCUUCUUCUACGACAACCCCAGUCAACCCAACUCAUAUCGGGAGGGUGAGUUUAAAAUCCCUCUUAUUAAUACCUCAAGUGCAAAAUGGAAACCGUCACCUUCCGGCCAAAGAGACUGUAGGAAUAAUACAGAAUACACGCAUUCCGAUUUCACUGCGGUGCGCGCUUAACGCAUGUUAGCGCCU